AUGGGGCUAAAGAAAUUUUUUAGGAUUAAGCCUCCAGAAGAAGCGACACCUGAACAAAACAAGGACACUUUGAUGGAACUCGGUAUUAGUGUUAAAAAUCCUAACAAGAAAAGGAAAAACAAAUUCGCGGCUUACGGUAAGUUUGCGAAUGAUAAAGCCGAAGAUAAGGUAUAUGCCCCACCAGGUUAUGAACAGUUUGCUAGACCAAAGGAUGAACUUGAGGACUUGAAUGCCUCCCCAUUAGAUGCCAAUGCUAAUGAAGCAAUCGCUAGCCCUGUAGAAGGUUCAAAUGGCACACAAGAUCAACGAAACACUGCGGUAACCAAUUCUAUGCAGGAUCCUUAUGCUAUUGAAAAUGAUGACUAUCGAUACGAUGACGACCCUUAUGCAAGAUUUCAAGCUAAUAGGAGUAAUGGUAGGAGUAGCGGCAAUGCUUCGGCGUAUAGUAGUGCUCGAGGGGGCUAUAAUGGUGCGUCUUUGAGUCCGUACAAUAAUGAUUACUCAUAUAGCAAUCAAAAUACCUCCAAUAGCUGGGCAAGUGUGGAUAACAGUAAUAAUAAUAAUAAUCAAUCAAGCAGCACUCUAAACCAAAGGUCUUCCAAACAACCAAGACAACCUUCAGUUUUAACGGCAAGAAAUAGCCAACUCACCGACCGGAAGAGUCCCCCAUCAAAUCCAAUGCAAGAAAAGAGAAAUCCUUACGCUAAUAUGAAUAGUCACAGCAGUGCAUAUGAUUCCAAUACCAAUGAAUCUGGUAGUAUUCCAAAAGAGAGCUCUAAAAGUUCAAAUCCAUACGCUUCCAUGGCGAACGACUCAUAUGCUAAUGGUAAUCAGAAUCGGUCUGCAAAUCCGUAUUCUAGUAGAAGUGCAAGUCAACCACAAGUGCAACCUGCGCUAAUGACUUAUACCCCGUCCUUUGUUGCUGCUAAUGAAGUAGCAUCAAGUAAUGAAGUUGAUUUAAACGAAGAACCCAGAGCGGGUGAAUUUGAUUUUGAAGAAGCUUAUGCAGAAAAAUCUGCAGAAAAUAGGGCGGCGUUAGAUGAGCCCGAUUUGAACGCAGUAAUGACUAAUGAUGAUUCUAUAGAUUUAAACGUGUCCGAAGUUGAUCAUCGGUCGAGACAACAGCAACAACAGUGGUUCAUGGAUGAGCAGCAGCAGCAAGAGCAAGAUUUUAACGCAACCAAUGACCAGUAUGGAGAUCAAAGAGGUUAUAAAACAUUCGAAGAAAUACAAAAAGAAGAAGAGGCUCGCCAGCAGCAGGAAGAAGACGAAGCUGUGGAUGAAAUUAAGCAAGAGAUCAAAUUCACCAAACAAAGCUCCGUGGCCUCUACCAGAAAUACACUGAAAAUGGCACAAGAUGCCGAAAGAGCUGGUAUGAAUACCCUGGGUAUGUUAGGCCAUCAAAGCGAACAGUUGAACAACGUAGAAGGGAACUUAGAUUUAAUGAAGGUUCAAAAUAAAGUUGCUGACGAAAAAGUUGCAGAAUUGAAGAAGUUAAAUCGUAGUAUAUUAGCCGUUCAUGUUUCUAAUCCGUUUAACUCCAAGAGAAGGAGGAGGGAGAGAGAGGAACAAUUGAAGAAUAGAAAAAUUGAAGAAAAACUAAUGAGAGAACAAACUAAUCAGCAACUGUCGAAGUCCACUCAAAGAAUAGAGGGUGCUAUGAACGCAAACAGUAAUGUAAGCGACGUUCGUGAACGAUAUCAGAGACAAAACGUUCUAGAAAAGGCAAAAAGAUAUCAAUUCGAAAAUGACGAAGAAGAUGACGAAAUGGAAUUAGAAAUUGAUAGAAAUUUGGAUCAAAUCCAGCAAGUUAGCAAUCGUUUGAAAAAAAUGGCCUUGACCACUGGUAAAGAACUAGACUCUCAGCAGAAACGUCUUAACAACAUUGAGGAAAGUACUGAUGAUCUCGAUAUCAAUCUUCAUAUGAAUACCAACAGGUUGGCUGGUAUUAGAUAG